AUGAUGGACCUUCUCAACCAGGAUAUCUACAGCUACGACUCCCUGCACAACCCUACGCUCCUCACGAGUGACAUCAAAAAACGCGACAACGAACCGGCCUUAGCCUCUUCUAUGGUGAUCAAGAACCUCAGACUCAGCAAUGAGACCGAAGGCUACGAUUUUGCACUUCACCAUUGGGAGAACGGAAUGGGCCAGUUGCACCUUUCACAUGAUGCAUUUUCAAGCAACGGAUCCUCUGCUUCUAAUCACCAUAAGAGAUUUGAUGGCAGUGGGUUCAAGAUUGCUUUCCACAAGGUUGCGGGUAACGUCCUUUAUUCUACUUUCGUUGAUCUGCCUCUGUCGAGCUCUCCCGCCAAUGGUAUAGAUAUACCAAACAAGGAGCGGAUGCGAUCUUCGGUUUUGUCGAGUUCAAGAACUAACCAGACUCUUAUUUCUAAACUAUUGCUGAGAUAA